AUGCCUGCACUGACUGCACUAGCUGCACUCCAGCAACUCACCCUCGGCUUUGGCGUAUUCGUCCUGUCAACUUUACUUCUACAAGCCAUCACAUUGACCACUUCCCCUGGAAUUGGGCAACACCUUAAUAACCCUGAUCAUGUGACUCUCGUUCUUGACCGUAUUCAAGCCUUGUCAGACAUUGUGGAGACACUGUACAAAGAGAUCAACCCUGAGUCACUGGACAGCAACAGCCUGACAUCACCCUUUGUCGACCCGCGUCCGGGGCUGCAACAACUUGCCAAGUCCAUUGUCACCUAUCUGCUGAUGGUGACUUGGAUUAGUGGCCUAUACUUAUUCGUGGAUGGCCUGGAUGCCAUCCGCUCCCGUGCGCUCAAGGUUUACCUUUCAAGCUCUAUGCUCGCGACGGCCAACAUGGGCUUGAUCGUAAUGCUCCUGUUUCUGCCAGCAAAGCCGUAG